AUGGUCAAGACGUAUUCUACCGGCACUUCAUCACACGGUGACGUAGGUAAAGCCGGGAACCAAGAGACUCGCGCUCUACAGUAUGCCGUGCCAGCGAACUGCCUACUACUCGCGGCAUUAUCAUUACUGAUACCGGCUGGACCGUUAUCAGCAGCUAUGAUGUUGGAUGCAUUCCUUUUGGCAAUGGCCGCUAUCGGAAUUAGCGGUCAUGCAGCUGUACUCAUUGUACCGAAUAUGGCCAUCAAGAUUCUUCUUCUGCUCAUUAUGUUGUUCAUAGGGUGCGUAUCCAUUGAUACAUUUCAUGCUCACUACAUCAAGGAGGCGGUCGGUAUUGUUGGAGAACCUGAGGUACUAACUCAGUCACCGGUGUCAUUAUGGCGUAGUGUUGUUCAUAAUUAUCCAUCUCUACCGCUAUGGAUUAUUGCAUUUGUACUCAUCAUUAUUGUUGAAAUUAGGUUGUUUUUUUGCGCAUGGUACAGAAUCGCGUUCAGCAGUUAUGAAGGAGAUGUCAAAGACAUUGAAAGGCGCCCUCCAUCGUAUGCCUACUGUAUUUCCCAUUCCACUCCCUCGGUAUGUGUUUCUGCAGACGAAUUGCCGUCAUAUGAAGAAGCAAUACGUCGAAGCAGUGUCCCAAAGCCGUCAAACUCGUCCACACCUCUGCCUCGAUCCAGUCAACAACCGUGUUGUUCGACGUCGUCGAAGUCAGCUCCACAGACGACGGCAAAUGCCACCACCACCACCACGUCAUCAUCGUCAUCUCGGCGAACUCCUUGGCUGAUGAAGUCGAAAACGUUUCAACGUCAUUUAAAUCCAUCGGCUUCGACUGAGUCUAUCCAGCGUCAAGUCGACAAAAUAAUGGCAACGAUGCCAGUUCCAGAAGACGUUGCCAAAUUGCAACGAUCGUGGAAAUUACAACAGGAUGUGACGAUUCAGGUGGAUCAUCCCCAAAGCGACAUUCAACGAUGACGUUUCUGCUACCUCAUCGGAAUCGAAUUUCUUCCAUUUCUCCUUCAAGGAGAAAAAGUCUGUACAAAUGUAAAUAAUAAAUAUUUCUAUGCUGUGGCUCCUUAUUUCCCUUCUUUGCUUGAAAAUGACCUUUAG